AUGGAUCUUUUAUCAAUCCUCCCCUCCUUCCCCACAAAACCCUACACGCACAUCCUCCCCCCUCUCGAACGAAACAACAUCAACACCGUCGACCUCAUCACCCUCGACACCCUCGAGAUCGCAAAACGCGCCCAUGUGCCCCCCGCCGACGUCCGCCGCCUGUCCGCGCAAAUUGUCGACGCCCUGCACCACGAUGUCGGGUUUGAAAGGGACAUAGCGCCGGAGGAGCCAGAGAGUACGCAGUCUUUGAGUUUGAAUAAUGAUGCGGCGAUUGUUCCGGGGGUGUUGAAUAGGUUGGAUUUGUCGCAAUGGGGAAUGGUUAGCACGUUGGAUCCUGCGAUGGAUGGGUUGUUGGAGGGUGGGAUUCCGGCGGGUUAUGUUACGGAGGUUACGGGUGAGAGUGGGAGCGGCAAGACGCAAUUCCUCCUAAGCCUCCUCCUCGCCGUCCAACUCUCCAGUCCCAAAGGCCUGAACAAAAGAGCUAUCUACAUAUCCACCGAAGCGCCUCUGGCCACGCCGCGUCUCUCGCAAUACCUCAAUUCCAAUCCAUACCUCUCGACCCUGCCACCGAACCAACGACCAUCCUUACAAAAUGUCCUGGCCAUCAACGCGAUGGACCUGGAAAGUCAGGACCAUAUCCUCAAUUACCAGCUUCCUGUCGCGAUAGCACGGUAUAAUGUCGGAUUGGUCGUUAUCGAUUCCAUAACCGCGAAUUUCCGCGCGGAGCAUUCGUCGCAUGAUGUGAAUUCGCUCUCGACGCGGUCCGGGGAACUAGCGAAGCUAGGACAUAUGCUGCGCAACUUGGCAGCAAAGGAGGAUAUAGCUAUCGUGGUUGCUAAUCAGGUCUCGGAUCGAUUCGAUCCAAUAGAUAAUGCGAAUCCGUACAUCGCAUCGCGAAUACCUGCUACCGCGGCACCUCAACCAACACCAGACUCACCAAUGCCCAAAAACCGCCUAGUACCAGGUUCGGGAGCAGAAAGCAACAUUGACCUCCUACAAGUACAAAUACAAAAUCAACACCCACCCUCCUCAUCACCCGCCUUACCCUCCUCUCCCUUUCCUUUAGAAGAAGACCCGCAAUUCGACGGCUCGUAUCUAGUCGGCAAUCCCGUCCGUAAUGAGACACUGAGCUUAAUACACCAGCAACGUUUCUUCACAGGAUGGGGUGACUCGCCGUCAUCGUCGUUGUCGCAGAGACAGGCGCCAAAGACGCCAGCGUUGGGAUUCGUCUGGACGACGCAGAUUGCGUGUCGGAUUGCGUUGAAGAAGGACGAGUCUGGGCUGGCGUUUGAUCAGGAUUAUGGCGAUGGGUAUAUGAGUACGCAGGGCCACCGACAGGGGACAUCUCAGUCUCAGUCUCAGGAUGAGGCGCAGCUGUCUACGGACAAACCAGAUCCAUUCUCGACAGCGAAAACGGUACGGGAUAAUCCAGAAGCCAACAUAACUGCCAACCCAAAGCAGGAACGACCAUUAGAACAAACCUCAACACCAAAGCCCCCUCCAUCAAUACCAUCGGCACCAGCACCGAAACCCAUGGAAAGAACUAUAAAACGGACAAUGAAACUCGUCUUUGCGCCCUGGACAGCGGGAUCUACCAUCGGCGAGGACACUACAGCCACUGUCCAAGAUGAAGUCGAGUUCGAGAUUUGGAUGGGUGGGCUGAGGAGUGUUGGUUCUCAGCCGGAGUCAUAG